GCUCCCGGCAGCGGGCGCCGGGGACCCGCUUGGAGGGGCCCGGCGGAGCCGCGCGCAUCCGACCCUCGCGCCUGCGGCUCCCCCGGCCCCAGCCUGGGCGUCCCGGGCCGCUCGCUGCCGCCGCCCAUGGGGAUCCGAGAGUUUCCCGGCGGCGCCCCCAGGGCCAAGAGCAUCGCUGUUGGCAUGAGGAGGUCACCGGACGUCAGCCCGCGGAGAUUGUCCGACAUCAGCCCUCAGCUCCGUCAGCUCAAGUACCUGGUGGUGGAUGAGGCCAUCAAGGAGGACCUGAAAUGGUCGCGCUCGGUGGAGGACCUCACCGGUGGGCCCGCGGGGCUCACGUCCAUCGAGGAGCGGAUCCUGCGCAUCACGGGCUACUACGGCUACCAGCCCUGGGCGACCAGCUACAAAAGGGAGGAGCGCCCCCGGGAGCCCCCGGGCCCUGCAGAGGCCCAGGCGCCGGCUGGGACGGAGGCCGGUGGGAGGAGCGCCCGGCACCGCUGGACGUGCUCCCGGGAGUGGCUCAGGAAGGCCUUGUGGGGCGUGGCCGUCGUGUGCUGUGUGUGCGCCUCCUGGGCCGGCUCCACACAGCUCGCCAGGCUGACGCUCAGGACCUUCGACGCGCCCUUCACCCUCACCUGGUUUGCCACCAACUGGAACUUCCUGUUCUUCCCGCUGUACUACGCGGGGCACGUGUGCAAGUCCACAGAGAAGCAGUCUGUGAAGCAGAGAUACAGGGAAUGCUGUCGGUUUUUUGGAGACAACGGCCUGACUCUGAAAGUGUUCUUUACCAAGGCGGCUCCUUUUGGUGUCCUGUGGACUCUCACAAACUACCUGUACUUACACGCAAUAAAGAAGAUAAACGCCACAGAUGUCUCUGUUCUCUUCUGCUGCAACAAGGCCUUUGUUUUUCUGCUGUCAUGGAUCGUUCUCAGGGACAGAUUCAUGGGUGUGAGGAUUGUGGCCGCCAUCCUCGCCAUCGCAGGCAUUGUCAUGAUGACCUACGCGGACGGCUUCCACAGUCACUCAGUGACGGGCAUAGCCCUCGUGGUAGGCUCUGCGUCUAUGUCAGCCCUCUACAAGGUUCUGUUCAAGCUGCUGCUGGGCAGCGCCAAAUUCGGGGAAGCGGCCUUGUUCCUGUCCAUCCUGGGCGUGUUCAACAUCCUCUUCAUCACCUGCAUCCCCGUGGUCCUGUACUUCACCCGGGUGGAGCACUGGGAGUCCUUCGACGACAUCCCGUGGGCAAACCUCUGCGGGUUUUCCGUUCUCCUCUUGACAUUCAAUAUUGUAUUAAAUUUUGGAAUCGCUGUCACGUACCCCACACUGAUGUCUCUUGGAAUUGUCCUCAGUGUCCCCGUGAAUGCAGUGGUCGACCACUACACUAGUCAGAUAGUCUUCAACGGGGUCCGGGUCAUCGCCAUCAUCAUCAUCGGCCUGGGCUUCCUCCUGCUGCUGCUCCCAGAAGAGUGGGACGUUUGGCUGAUCAAGCUGCUCACCCGCCUCAAGGUGAGGAAGAAGGAGGAGACAGCAGAGAGCAGCGGGGAUGCGGGCACUGGCGCCCAGAGCAGGAGCAGAAGAGCUCGGCCAUCCUUCGCUCGCUGAGACCACCCCUCAAGGACUCUGGGACGCCCUCGUGGUAACGUUUUUGAGCUCUGUUUCUGAGGAAGGAACCUCAGCUGGGUGAGGUGUACAUACGUGUACAGUUUUGGUAAUCUACAGUAAGUUCUAUGGUAUUUAUUGGCAUGUCCAAUUUGCUUGCACUUUUCCACAUCAGACCUUCCACUUAAGGGUACCAAUUCAAAACUAAAGAGAAAAGAACCUCUCAGUGCUUCUUCAAUGAAUGUAAGGUGGGGUACAGUGAGCCUUGCAGCGACUGCUUCAGAGGACAGGCAGGCUGGACAAGCCAGGGCAAAAACUGCCUCUCAGCAUCUGAAAAUGACAUUGUACACUGUGAUUACUUUUCAGCUAUAGUAGGUCAUAUUUUGUUUUAUACCAGAACUGUAUACUUAACUUUAAGGAAUUUCAAUGAACCAAAAGAUAUAAAUGUCAGUUAAUCCAGAUGGAUGGAUGGAUGGAUGGAUGGAUGGAUGGAUGGACAUGUGGAUGGAUGGACAAGCAUUCAGAUGGAUAGACAGGUGGUGGACAGAUGGGUGGAUGGGAGGGAAGAGGGAGGUGAAGCAGUAAAGGGUGACGGACAGGAAGAUAAAUGGAGGACAGACCUGCGCAGGUCACAUGAUAGAAAACAGAAACGUGAGCGUGCUGGCCUGCCCCUGGUGUCUGCAGAGGACCCCAAGGAGAACCUAGUGCCUUCUAUAGCCCCUCCGUCCUUCCCUGUGCGAAGCGAGGUGACAUCGCAUGUCCCUGGCGCCGUCUUAUGAUUUAGAUGUAGAAAUCUUUAAAAAAAAAAAAAAAAACCCACAAAUUCUGUGUGUCUAUGUGUGUACAAGCGACAAAGCUGGUGGCCGGUGUGUUUGGAAGGCAGUUGGCCGUGUGUGGCAUGCCCAGCAGCUGCCCUGGGGGAGGAAAUGCUGGUGGCCUUCACUUCCAGACCAAGAGGAAACGGCAUUUGCCGAGUCUGGAAAACCUUAAGAAACCUUAGGCCGGCUGUUUCCUCACGCCAUUUAGGUCUGCCAGAACUUCUAUCUGUGAUAGAUCCGUGCAGAGGGACCACGGCUAGAGUUUACCAUAUUUGAAGUUUACAUUGUUACAUACAAAUGGGAACCUGGUUUUGAAACAGUGUCAAAUCCCAGUGGUGCACUCUGGAACCACGGAGUCUUUUGUUUCCUGGGGGAAAGGGGCACUCAUGACCUGAACUUUUUAGCCAGUUACUACCCUCAGUUUCCAUUACUUGUUUGGCCAAACAGAUUAAUAAAAUUAUUUGAAACAAAGUAAAGCGUCAAGUGUGCUCCUGGCGCCACCUUGUCGCCCCCACUGAGGGUCCUGAUGCAGCCUGUCCGGUGCCUGUUGCUGUGGCGACACACAGCUGCACAGCAGUCACAGGAACUGUUGGUCUCUGGGGCUGAAGAAACGGCCCGGGAGCAAGGCUCAGGUAACAAGCAGGAGAAGCUGAGUUCACGUUCCCAGAGCCCGGGCUGCAUUUGUGCAUUUGUAUAUACACCAAACACACACAAACACACCGCAUGCACUCUCACAUGCAUGCAUGCAUUCACAUGUACACACAGGCAUGUACAUCCAUGUACAUAUGAGAACACAUGCACACACACGUAUGCACACAUGAACAUAUGCAUGCACACACAUGUGAAUGUGUGCUCUAACCCCAGCACCACAGGCAAUGGAGCAGAAGGGUCGGUGAAGCUGUGUCCAGGCAGCUGUGGCCACGAGCUCUGAGACCCAGGUGUCUCGCAGGGCUGCAGAGGGCAGGGUUCCGAAAGGUGGGUAAGAACCCUGCCACCCUCACCUGCAGUCUCCACUCCAGAAAGUCCAAAGGGCAACACUGGUUGGAAGCCCUGGCCUGUCAUCUCCACCGCUAAACACUUCAUAUAACUCAGCCCAGGGACUGUUUCCUUCCAAAGACACAGCAUCAUAACGUUGGAGAUACCUUGCCUGUAGCAAAUCAAUCUUCUCCCAUCAGGUCAUUAAAAUUAAACAAGGGGGGAGGGGCUGGGGCAGGCUCGGCAGUUCACAGCGCUGGCUGCUCCUCCAAAGGAUCCAAGUUUGGUUCCCAGCAUCCACCAGGUGGCUUACAACUGUCUGUAACUCCAGUUCCAGGAGACCUGACACCUCCUGGGUUACACAGGUACCAGGCACACAUGUAGUACCCAUACGUACAUGCUGGCAGGACACCAUAAAUUCUUUUUUAAUUUAAAGAUAAAGAGGAGGGAGCUCUCCCCACUGCCCUCUCAGGGACCCCCAGAGGCCGCCCCAGCUGGCACCCUGGUGAGUGGCUUGCUCACCAUCAGGGAAGCUUCUUCUUGCAGGAGGCGGGCGCUGACACAGGGAUCCCCAAGGGCACAGUGUGCAGAGACGUGGGGACACUCAGUCCCAAUGGGGUGUCCUCAGCAAAGCCCUCCCCUCCUGACCCCAGGUCUGUAGGGAAGGUGAGAAGACUGUGAGAGCCAGGGGUGGCGUCUGUCGAGGGAACAACACUCCAGACACCGCACACAGGACAGGGUCCCAGCGCCGAGAGGGAGGCAGACAGACUCCCAUCCCUGCCAGGAAGCUCCCCGCCACUGUGGCCCCUGACUAUGGCAUCUCCUGGGUAUAUUAACCAUGCCUUGGGGUGAGUAACCAUGUUCCUGAGUAAAUGGCCAAAACGAAACAAAGAAAAUAGUAUUUUUGUAAAUGUUUUGUCUUGUUUUCCUUUUGUUUGGGAGUUUUUUUUUCUUUUUGUCUUGCUGGUCAGUAGUUUGCUUGUAUUAUGUUGUUACCUGUUUUGUAUCUUUGUGGGUUUGUUUUGUUUCUGUAGUUCCUUUAGGGGUGUUGUUUUUAAAAGAGACAGAGAGGGGGUAAAGUUGAUGGGUACAGAGUUCAGAAGGCCCUGGGUGCAGUUAGGGGAGGGGAAAAGCAUGAUCAAAAUAUAUCCUAAGAAAAAGCUUACAAUUAAAAAAAAAAAAAAGAAUUGCCAGCACUCGGGGAGGGAGAGGCAGGUGGAUCUCUGUGAGCUCAAGGCCAGCCUGUCUACAAAGCAGCCAGGGCUACAGAGAGAAACCCUAUCUUGAAAACAAACAAAUAAAAAAAAGAACUGGAAGCAAAGACUACACAAGACAUCUGCACAGCUGCUUUCAGGGCACCAUUGUUGAUGAUACCCCAAGGGCAGAAGAGCACAGAUGGGUAGCUGACAGAUGUAUGAAUGGGAAGAUUUAGCUAUGUAUGCAUAAACAAACCGUGGUGUACUCUUACAGAGAAGACCUGUUCAGCCUUAGAAAUCAAUACCUGAACUCUGGCCUGCUGCAGCAUAUCUGGCCUGUGAGGCCCUCGUGCAGGAUGAAGCAAGCCCGACACAAAAGGACAGGUGCCAUGUGGCUGUGCUUUCGAGAUCCCCGGGAAGGCCAAACUCAAGCACUCCUGUAAUCUAAUGCAGGAGGCAAAAACAAGAGGUCCACCGCAAACCUGAGACCACCCUGGCUGUGUAGUGAGCCCGGGCCAGCCGGAGGCCCUGUCUCAAAAAAUGUAACAGCAAUAGCAACCCCCAAAACAGAACAGAGCGACAACAAGCAGAAAGGACGGAGUCUGCUAAGGACUGGGGAAGGAAGGGUCUGUGUGGUUAGGGGCAAAGAAGGUCCUGGAGACCUGGAGAUCGGUGGUCCUGACAGCUGUGCAGCGAAACACUCAUGACCUCAUGCAGAGGAGGGGUUAUAUGACUAUAUUCUGAACUUUUAGAAAUGACUCCAAAUACAGGAUGUAUGAUGUAAAAAGGUUAAAACUCUGCUGUUUCUGGAUUACCGUGGGCCUGAGUUAAAGUGAGGGUUUCCGGAACGGAGAUCCCCACAGGUUUUUAAGGCCUGGGAAUACAGGGGAAAGCCUGGGAAAUGCUGAAGGAAGCUGAUAGCGCAGAGGCCACCGUGCUGAGAAGGGCCUGCCCUCUAGAGGUUAGUAUAGGUAGCAACUGCAGACCGGCUCUGUUUUUGGCUCCUGUGAGUGCGCAAGUGUUCACGUGCAUGUUUGUGCAUGUAUGCAGGUGCAAAGGUAUGCACGAGCCAGCGGCUGGAGUCCAGAGUUUGGCAUUUGAUGCCUUCCAUCACUCUGCAUGCUGUGUGAGACAGGGUCUUGUGCUGAUUAGCCUGGCAAGCUCCAUUCAUGCAGGAACCUUACCUGCCUGUAAGAGUGUGACACUGGAGUGUAACUCUGGCCACCGUAUCUGCAGCAGCUUCUUCUCUCUUUCACAGGUAGGACAAGCACCUUACAGAGAUGCCAUCUGUGAGUGAGUCUCUAGCUAAGAGACAAUCCCUAGAUCAAGAUCUCACACCCGGGGAGUGAGUUAACAUUGCUGUGUCACAACACCACAACCAAGAGCAACAUUAGGAGAAAAUGGUUUUCUUACAACUCAGAAAGAAUCACAGGGCAGAAGCCCGGGGCAGGAGGAUUAGUGGUAGAAUGGUUUAUUGCAUAAA